AUAACAAUCAUAUCAAAUUUUCAUUUAAUCAACUCCCUGCCCUUGCGAGCAAUACAAUACGAUACAACGACCGUACCACUCACCCUCAACAGAUACAAAGGGAUUCAACUCAUCCUGUUCAUGUCUUCUACUUUAUUGUCUUGAGGAUACAAAAUGAUCAUGGGCAUCCUGGACACCAUUUAUUGAAAAAUAUCUCUUUGUCUUUUUUUCGAUUCUAUCUCUAACGACUCUGCAAAGCCCAUCUUUCAAAAACACAUUCUACCUCUUUUUGAGACACUCACACACACUCAAGGCCCCGCAUCCCCUCUUUCCCAAAUACCGGACUUAGAUCUCAUUCUUCUAUUCCCAAUCUCUUGAUUAUCCAUUCGCAAAUAUGGAUCUCGCCCAGAUGUUGGUGCGCUCUUGUAUGCGCUCGUUCUAUGACACAAAACAUAUCCUUGUGAUUGAUGCGCUCGUCAUUCAUUCCGCCUUGCGCGAUGAUGAUUUAGCAUACCUGAUGAGCAUAAAUACAAAGGAGCUUCAUAAGCUUUGUGGAAAGUUGAAGGAGGAUCGAUUUCUUGCAGUGCAUUCACGUCCAGAGAUCAAAGAAGGCCAACAACGACCAAUUAAUCGAACCUACUAUUUCAUCGAUUAUCGUGCAACAAUUGAUGCGAUUAAGUGGAGAGUUUACCAGAUAGACAAGGCUGUUCAAGGAAAUACUGUGCCAGAUGAUGAAAGAAAGGAAUACUUUUGCCCUCGAUGCAAAUCAGAAUGGACAACUUUUGAAGUUUUGGACAAGAGAAGUUAUGAAGGCUUUUUAUGUCACAAAUGUGAUUACCUUCUGGUACACGAUCCUGACAAUAACCGUGGUGGACAUGAACAGUCAUCGAAACUCAAUGCACAGUUUAAAUUUAUCACCGACUUACUCCCAAAGAUCGAUAAGGUGGUCAUCCCUGCAAACACCUUCGAACAAGCUCUCUCAACAGCUCGUAAAGUGGUUAGAGAUGAAGCUAAUCCUGGCAGUGAAACUGCACCUGUUGCUCUUUCAUCGGAGCGACCAACUGCUGUUCGUGGUCUGGAUAAUACUGGACCAACGUCCAUCUCAGUUACUUUGACGAACGGAGAAGGACCUACAGCUGCAGAUAUCGCUGCUGAACAAGCUCGCAAAGAGAAAACAGCUGCUCAAAAUGCGUUACCUCAGCAUUUCACUCACAGUACUAUCACUGGAGAGCAGGUCAAGUUUGGCAACCAACCCACGGCCUCUAUUGGCCCAGUUGACACCAAUAAGAAGGAUAUCAAACCUGAUACCGAAGGUACUGGUGAAGGGGCUGAAAUUGAUGAUUAUUUUGCGCAACUAAAGGCUGCACAAGCCAAAGAACUCGAACAAGAAGCCGACGAAGAGUAUGAAACCGACGAUGAAGAAGAAGAAGGCUUCGAAGACGUCAUUCCAAAUGGCACCACAUCUGGUGCCGCCACUCCAACUAGCUCCGUUGGAGGCAUAGAGACUAAGCCCAGUGUAACGAGUGGUAGUGGUCUCAGUGGUGUCCUAAAGCAUUCACGAAAUGAAAGUGUUUCAGCGAGUGGAACGAGCACAGGUGCAGGAAGUCCGGUAACAGGACCUAAUACACCGAAUGAGGAUAGACCAACGAAGAGAGUUAGAAUUGAGGAGCCUGCUCCAGCAGCACCGGCUAUAAAAGAUGAAGAGGAGAGUGAAGAGGAUAUGGAGUUCGAAGACGUUUGAUCGCUUAGACCCUAGAAAAAAGGGGCUGGGAAGGGAAUGGGAAGGGGAGGGAUGUGGAUUCUUACAUUACAUACAAUGCCUGCAUACAUGAUUGGAUCAACAGACCAAUAAUAGAUAAGCAUGCAAUAGGGGUGGGUAUUUGAGCUAUUUUCAAAUCUCCAAUCUAGAGUGGUAGAUUGGACGGAUGCAUGGCGUUGAGGGUAAUUGCUUACACGCUUGUCGUUUUUUUCCUCGUAAAAAAAUGAUGCAUACUGAGGGUGGGCGGAGGUCAUUUUUCAUUCAUCAUAGCACAUAUCCAGACCAAGCCAGAUUAGCCAUAAUACUCGUGAAAAGGUUUGGUCAAAAGUCGUUGGGCUUUCUAGGUUUAUAGAUGAGUUCGUUCGUUCGCGCGCGUGUGCCUAGUCUUCAAAGCUGUCAGAGACUUGAACGAAUUGUAAAUUGUAUAAUUAAACAAAUGAAGUCGUUUCUCAGGCUUCUUAAUCACUCUCACUUGUGAAUUGUGAUUAUUU